AUGCAGGGCAUCACGUACGACAAGCACCGCCGCGUGCUGUACACCGCCAUGAGCGCUGUGCGGUACGGUAUGGAGGACAACCAGGCCAAGGGCAAGGCGGAGGAGAAGUACGAUGUGGGCGGCCCCAACCACAUCCGCGUCGGCUACAACAAGUGCGGCUGCAUCUACCAGCUGCCGGUGGACAAGCAGUACAGUGCGCUCAGCAUGAAAGGCCUGGUCUGCGGCCGCCCCAACCCCAACGAAGCCGACGAGGCCAACGAGUGCGACCUGACCCGCAUCGCCUCCCCCGACAAUGUCGCCUACAUGCCCGAGAUCGACGCCCUGCUCAUCGGGGAGGACACGGACUACCACGAGAAUGAUGCCCUGUGGUCCCUGGACAUCAAGACCAAGCGACUGCAGCGCCUGCUGACCACCCCCUACGGCGCUGAGGUCACCUCCCCCUACUGGUUCCCCAACAUCAACGCCCACGCCUACGUCAUGGCCGCGGUGCAGCACCCUUAUGAGGACCCGUAUGAUGUUAAGCUGGGCGAGCCCGAGUCCAGCGGCGCCGACGGCUGGGUAGGCUACUUCACGUGGCGCACCUCGGCCAUGGCGGGCGCCAGGAGCGCUUCCUUUGUGGACACCCCGGUCCCCAUGACCAACGCGGCCAAGCACGGCGUGAACUUCAGCAAGAAGGUCAGCUUCCUGCCCAAGAAGGCGUCCAGGAAGAUGUGA